AUGAAGACCCGUCGCGUGUUGCCUUUACUAAUUGCCAUGAUUGGACUUUAUCGUGGCUUGGCUGCUCCGCAGACAAUUCAGGCAUCCCGUCGGGCUUUCACAAAAACUGGCAAAACUCUGCGAGCGACCGUGGAAAACGGCAAAAACAAUGCCAAAACGGUGUCCCAGAACCUCGCCGCCAAAAAUGCCAAACUGGAAGCCGCCGCCUCCAGUGGCAGCAUCUGGUCGAUUCCCAAGGACCAUCCGUUCGCCUUUCAGCUGUUUGUGGCAACCGCAAAGACGGCGGCUGCCGAUUUAAUGGUACAAAUGGUGGCCGAAGGGAAGACUCUGUCGGAAGUAGACUGGAAGCGCAACGGUAUUUUUGUCGUCUUUGGUUGCGCCUAUCUGGGCGGCUUCCAGUGGUGGAUCAUGGUAAACAAGUACCGUCAGUGGUUCCCCACUAUGGAUCGUUUUGCCAAGCUAUCCUUUGCCGAUAAACUCAAGGACAAGGCCGGGAUUCUGGAUGCCGGGCGGAUGGUAUUGUUUGAUCUGUUUGUGCAUUUGCCCUUUAUGUACUUCCCAACGUACUACACCGUCAAGGAAUUUGUUGGUGGCAAAAGCUGGAAUCCGGCGGAUUGGGUCAAGGACGGAGUAGGGAAAUACGCCAACAAUAUCCAGGACGAUUUGGCGGCCAUGGUCAAACUUUGGGGACCCAGUGACUGCAUUCAAUUUAUUUUACCGUUGCAUCUGCGUAUGCCCUUUCGUCACAUUGUAUCCUUCUUCUGGACCGCCUACGUUUCGUUUACCCGUGGUGCAAUUGAACCGGCGGGCGUACCCUUACCUACCAAAUAG